AGUUUUUCCCAUGAGUCGAAGUGCCGAGUGCCAAGCCCAAGCCUCUGUUAAUCCAGCCAAGCGCUGCGAUGCAGGCCCUGUAGCCGAGCCAGAAGCCGAGUCAGUACUCGGUCGUGCCGUGCAUCCAAGCACCAAGUUCGAGACCCCGUGGACGUGGUCUGGAUGCAUCAUCGGCUGCAGUUACCUGCUCCUCCUCGUCGUUACAGCAUUUCUGAAUGCUACCUUCGUGUUGUGGCCACUGACUCUGCUCUGCUGGACGCGCAUUCUCUCAAUCCGCAGCUGCCGCUCAGUAUUCCGCUUCCUGGAGGAUAAAUACUUCGCUAUGUUAAGUGGAUAUUUGGAAUUCGUUGGAGGCGUGAAGAUUGUCAUGACCGGAGACGAGGAGCUGCAGUUUGACCCUCAAGAGCAUGUUCUCUUGAUCUGCAAUCAUCGAAGUGAAGUAGACUGGAUCUUCUUUUGGAACCUGGCACUGCGUCUCAAUGUUCAUGACCGUAUUCGAGUCAUGAUGAAGAGUAUUAUCCGCUAUGCCCCUGGUGUUGGUUGGACCAUGAUGCUGCUGCAAUAUCCAUACAUUAACCGGAACUGGGCCACGGACCAGGACAGAUUAACCAAAGUGAUUCAGUCGUAUAAAGACGUGGAUAUGGGCACGUGGCUGGCCAUGUUUCCCGAAGGAACGGCGUUGUAUGACAAGACGCUCAAGAAAAGCCACAAGUUUGCCGAAAAGCAAGGAGAAGCGAGAUGGAACUACGUGUUGCAACCACGAGUCAAGGGGUUUGAGUUGUGUAUGGACAAAAUGGACCCAGACUAUGUCGUGGACCUUACAGUAGCGUAUCCUGAGCUCAUGGAGGGCGUUCGACCGUCACCGGUGCGUUGCUGCGGAUUGCGGAGUAUUAUUUCGUUGAGACCAACCGUUGUGUAUUGCUAUUACAGGUGCGAUUCGUGCGAGGACAGUUCCCGACUGAGGUGCACAUGCAUGUGCAGCGGUAUCACCGGUCAACGUUGACGAAGCACAAGGACCACAUGGGGCAAUGGCUGAAGGAUCGGUUUGCUGAGAAGGAGGAGCGUCUUCGACGUUUCUACGAGACUGGCGCGUUUGAAGGCAAGCAGUGCGUGCGUCAGGAUCUGCCACUAUGGAACUCGGUGGUGCCAGGCACAGCAUUCAAUUUGGGGCUCUGCGGCGUUGCGCUUUAUUGGCUUAUCAACUUUCCUCUUGCUGCGUGCACAUCGUUCGCGCUUAGCGCUGCGCUAUCGGUGAUCCAAGCACGUAACUUCGGUAACUAACGCGUAAAGAAGCAGGAUCAUCUACGACGUUGAAAAGUAUUAUGAAAGAGGAGUUGUAAUGUAUUUUUUUUUUUUUUGCGAUAUAAGGAACCGAGACAAUGCGGUAUUAAUUCUGUUGUUGGCCGUGUGCCUUCAGACUUGGUGACGGCGAGAACUUAGCCGAUUCUCGGAGUUCCGUUCGGGUGUCUUGAAGUCACCUCCGCAGCGUAAGCCUAGCUGAAUACAGCGCUUCUGGACGUCCAAUGAGGUUUUACCAGGCAGCCGAGCUGCCAGCAUGCGAGCUGUGUCGCUUUGCUGGCCGCGUAGCAGACUUUCCUCUUCGUUUGUGAAGACCACCUCACUAACCUUCGGUCGCGACGACGCCUGUCGAUAUACCUGUGUGCCUUCAAGGUUACUGGUGCGGCCGUCCACACCACGGAUAGCCACAAGGGCCAGCAAGAGCAGCACCAAGAGCAGCUUCAUACUCGGUUUGUAUGGUGCCUUUUGACUUGGACUUGGAAUGAUCUGAGCUGUUAGUCGAAAAUACUUUUUUUUAUUAUUGGUAGCUGUUUUCUGAGGUAUCUGUUGGUUUAAACGAAAAAUGGAUGUACUGUA